ACCUCCUUUUUUCUGGAGGCCCUCUCACCUCCUGGCCGCUGGGGACGCUCGGGAGCCAGCUUCAGGGCUGCGUGCCGAUUGGCUCCUUGGGAAACAGCAGGCACCCCUGGUUGCGUCCGGCGGGCGUCCGGUCCUCGGUGUGGGUGUUCGGCGCCGCGUUUUUCGGUUUUCGGCACUGACUUUUGUGGUUGGACACUUAAAGAAGAUUGUUUGAAGACUGCCUUUCCAUCAAAUAGCAUGGAUCCCAGCAGCGACUACCAUUUCCUCAAUCAGAUUUUGUGGAGAAGGGUGAAACUCACAUUGGUUUGUGGCAUCUUUGAGGGAGUACUCCAGCAUGUGGACCCUAACAAGAUUGUUGUCCUGAAGAAAGUGAAGAAUGUGGAGACUGGUCGAAGUGUUCCAGGAGUGAAGAUGUUUUUUGGGCACGAGAUUGUGAACGUGGAACUGCUGGAUGAAGUGGAACAAGGUGCAGAGAGAGAAAAGGCAUCUUCUGUUAGUCUAAAUACAGAAAGAACAAGGAUGGAUAAAAUGAAAGGUGAAGAUCUAAACAUAUGUGAGCCUUCUUCUCCUGUCCCUGAGUCACCAACCACCUCUCUGCUGAAUCACCUCAAGUAUAGCCCAUCAGAAGAAGAGGAGGUGACAUACACAGUCAUUGAUCAGUUCCAGCAGAAGUUUGGUGCUGCAAUGCUUCACAUCAAGAAGCAGAGUGUCCUGAGUGUGGCAACAGAAGGUGCUAAUGUGUGUCGUCAUGGGAAGCUGUGUUGGCUUCAGGUAGCCACAAAUAGCCGAGUUUACUUAUUUGACAUUUUCCUUCUGGGAAGUCGUGCUUUCAACAAUGGACUUCAGAUGGUAUUAGAAGACAAGAGAAUUUUGAAGGUUAUCCAUGAUUGUCGUUGGCUUUCUGAUUGCCUCUCUCAUCAGUAUGGAAUUUUGCUGAAUAAUGUCUUUGACACACAGGUGUUACCUGUAUUCUUUGGCUUGUGGCUCCUGCCAUCUUCAGAGUGCACCACUGCAACCUCUGCUUCUAUCACCCGAUCGCCUUCUCCCGUAGCAGAUGUCCUUCAGUUUUCCAUGGAAACAGGUGGCUUUCUUCCAAAUUGCAUCAGUUCUUUACAGGAGAGUUUAAUCAGACACCUUAAAGUAGCCCCUAAAUAUCUCUCCUUUCUGGAAGAGAGACAAAAAUUGAUUCAGGAAAAUCCAGAAGUGUGGUUCACACGACCUCUUUCACCAUCUUUACUGAAAAUUUUGGCCCUAGAGGCUACCUACCUACUACCCCUUCGUUUGGUACUCCUGGAUGAGAUGAUGUCUGACCUAACCACCCUUGUGGAUGGUUAUCUAAACACCUAUCGAGAAGGGUCCGCAGAUCGCCUGGGAGGCACCGAGCCUACAUGUAUGGAGCUUCCAGAAGAGCUUCUUCAACUCAAGGAUUUCCAGAAGCAGCGCAGAGAGAGAGCUGCAAAAGAAUAUAGGGUGAAUGCACAGGGACUCCUAAUAAGGACAAGGGUACCUCCAAAGAAAUCAGUGCCAGAGACAGCAGGGAAAGAGGGAAAAGUAGGGUUUUCCUUACUUUGUAAAAAUUCUGUACUAGAUGAAACUCAUCAUGUAAAUUUGCUGAAAGAAGAAUCUAAGAAUAAACAAACUUCAACAGAACCUCAACAUGUACCUCCCAUGAAGGAAGAAACCAACGAGGAUUCUAUCAAUAAACUCAUUUGCCCUGAGUCAGAGAGGCUAGAGGACCAGAGAAUAGCUCAAAAAGAACACAGUAAGACACCCAAACAGGAGUUUCAGACAAGUUUAUCUUUGAAAGAGGAGAUAGAACAGUUACUGAUGGUGCAAAACCAGGAAGAUCUAAAAUGCACAAAACAAGAUAUUUCAGUGUCUCCUUCCCUUCCUCAGGAAACCAGAGUCUCUCCAAGUGACACCUUUCAUCCUUUUAGAAAAACCGUGUUUCCUACGUUUCCUCCCUGUCCAGCCUUGGAGAAAACUGAUUCUUGGAUAAAUCCCUCUCCAAAUCUGUCUUAGAAAUGUGUGAUUUGUUUUUGAGACCAUGAAGGUGGCUCACUUCUUCUACCAGCAGUACCUUCCUCAGAGCUUAAGUUUGUCAUGUUGGAAAUUUAGUUUUGCCUCAGUCACGAAGGAACGCCUUAGGGAAAAUGAUAUUCUAUUGCUUACUUCUACAUGCCUGGAAUUUGAUUAGGAUGGGAAUGAAUAAGUUAAAUAAUGGAAGAAGUGAAUUUUUUUAUUAUGUCACUGUGUGGAAAUAUUCCCGGUGGUCAGAGCAAAUUAUUUCUCAUAAUUUGGGUUUGGAGGAUUUGAGGAGGGGAAAAAUCUUGGGCUUAGUAUCUGGAAGCUAUAUGCUUUUAAACUUCUUGUUUUGUUUUUGUUUUUUUGUUUUUAAUAAUUUAAGCUCUGUGCCCAACCUGGGGCUCCUUCUCACAACCCCAAGAUCUGAAGUCACAUGCUCUACUGACUAGCCAGCCAGGCACCCCUACUUUUAGACUUUUGUUGUAUUUUUUGGUCUGAAAAAGGUUGGUAAAACUUUUGCCAAUAAGUUUAAAAAAAAUUGGGAACUGAUAACUUUACCAGUACUUUUUUUCCUUAGUAACAUUUUCCUAAAAUAUUAACUUUAAUUUAUCAAUUGUACCUCAAAACUGAGAAAAUACCGACUUUUUAAAAAUUUUAAUGUUUUGUCUGUGUCGUAGACAGACACUAGUUAAUGUUAUUAACAGGCAUCAGUAUCCCAGUUUUAAUUUCUUUUGAUUCCCUUUACUUUUAGAAGGUUUUGUCCAUUUUUGUAAGAAAGCAGGGGCUUCUUUUGAGUAUGUUUAUUAUGUAAACUUGAAGUUUGAUUCCCCUCUUUUGCCUGGAGUUGGUAUACUUUUUUUUUUUUAAUUAAAAUUUUUUUUUUCAUUUUAAGUAGACCACACCCAAUAUGGGGCUUGAACUCACGAACUUGAGGCUAAGAGACACAUUUUUCUACCAACCAAGCCAGCCAGGCACCCAGUUGGUAUACUUUUUUAGGGUGAAAGGAAGGCAGCUUGUACGGAGCCCUUUUUAUAUUGAAUACUUGCAAGGUGCUCACGUUCUACUGUGUACAAUAACCAAUAAACCUGUUUUGGCAUUGGA